CCGCUGGACGAGGAGCAGCAGAACAUGGCGCCGGGGCCGCCGUCGCCUCUGCCGGGAUCCCGGAGGCCGGGGCCGCGCUGAGAGCGCCCAGCUGGAAGAAAUGUUGGCUAUUUGGCGAUGAGGAGAGGCAGAAACUGAUUUCAUACUGGUGUACAAGCACUACGGGACCUGACCCUUCUGCUGCGUGGGCUGCCGGCCUCCACUGAUGAUGUCAGAAAGCCUUUGUGUCCACUGGAAAACACUAAUCUGAUCUCGGAAGUGGCCGAUUGUGGCAGGAUGUGUCGACGAUGAUGAUGGCAAGAAAGCAAGAUGUCCGCAUUCCCACCUACAACAUCAGUGUGGUGGGAUUGUCCGGGACCGAGAAGGAGAAGGGCCAGUGCGGCAUUGGGAAGUCUUGUCUGUGCAACCGCUUCGUGCGUCCGAGUGCUGAUGAGUUUCACUUGGACCAUACCUCCGUCCUCAGCACCAGCGACUUUGGGGGGCGAGUGGUCAAUAAUGACCACUUUCUUUACUGGGGAGAAGUUAGCCGAUCCCUGGAGGAUUGUGUGGAAUGUAAGAUGCACAUUGUGGAGCAGACUGAAUUCAUCGAUGAUCAGACGUUCCAGCCUCAUCGAAGUACGGCCCUGCAGCCCUACAUCAAGAGAGCGGCCGCUACCAAGCUCGCGUCAGCCGAGAAACUCAUGUACUUUUGCACUGACCAGCUGGGGCUGGAACAGGACUUUGAGCAGAAACAGAUGCCGGAUGGAAAGCUGCUAAUCGAUGGUUUUCUACUGGGUAUUGAUGUCAGUAGGGGCAUGAAUAGGAACUUUGAUGACCAGCUCAAGUUUGUCUCCAAUCUCUACAAUCAGCUUGCAAAAACAAAAAAGCCCAUCGUGGUGGUUCUGACUAAGUGUGAUGAGGGUGUCGAGCGGUACAUUAGAGAUGCACAUACUUUCGCCUUAAGCAAAAAGAACCUCCAGGUUGUGGAGACUUCAGCGAGAUCCAACGUAAACGUGGACUUGGCUUUCAGCACCUUAGUGCAACUCAUAGAUAAAAGUCGGGGGAAGACAAAAAUCAUCCCCUACUUCGAAGCGCUCAAGCAGCAGAGUCAGCAGAUAGCCACGGCCAAGGACAAGUAUGAGUGGCUGGUGAGUCGCAUUGUGAAAAACCACAAUGAGAACUGGCAAAGUGUCAGCCGGAAGAUGCAGGCCUCUCCUGAGUACCAGGAAUACGUCUACCUGGAGGGGACGCAGAAAGCCAAGAAGCUGUUUCUUCAGCACAUCCACCGCCUCAAGCAGGAGCACAUCGAUCGCAGGAGGAAGCUCUACCUGGCAGCCCUGCCCUUGGCCUUCGAAGCACUCAUCCCCAACCUCGAUGAAAUAGUCCACCUCAGCUGCAUAAAAGCCAAAAAGCUCUUGGAGACGAAGCCAGAAUUCUUGAAGUGGUUUGUGGUGCUGGAAGAGACACCAUGGGACGCCACCAGCCACAUCGACAACAUGGAGAACGAGCGGAUACCCUUCGACUUGAUGGAGACCUCCCCUGCGGAGCAGGUGUACGAUAGCCACCUGGAGAAGCUGCGGAACGAGAGGAAGAGAGCCGAGAUGAGAAGGGCUUUUAAAGAAAACCUGGAGACCUCUCCUUUCAUAACACCUGGAAAGCCUUGGGAAGAGGCCCGUAGUUUUAUUAUGAAUGAAGAUUUCUACCAGUGGCUGGAAGAAUCUGUGUACAUGGAUAUUUACGGCAAACACCAAAAGCAAAUUAUAGACAAAGCAAAGGAAGAGUUUCAAGAGCUGCUUUUGGAAUAUUCAGAGUUAUUCUACGAGCUGGAGCUGGAUGCUAAGCCCAGCAAGGAGAAGAUGGGUGUCAUUCAGGAUGUCCUGGGGGAGGAACAGCGAUUCAAAGCCUUGCAGAAGCUCCAGGCUGAGCGCGAUGCCCUCAUUCUGAAGCACAUUCACUUCGUGUACCACCCCACCAAGGAGACCUGCCCUAGCUGCCCCGCGUGCGUGGACGCCAAGAUCGAGCAUUUAGUUAGUUCUCGCUUCAGCCGACCAUUGGACCGGAAUCAGAAAAAUUCCCUCUCUGACCCCAACAUCGAUAGAAUCAAUUUGGUUAUCUUGGGCAAAGAUGGCCUUGCUCGCGAGUUGGCCAAUGAGAUUCGAGCUCUGUGUACAAAUGAUGACAAGUAUGUGAUAGAUGGUAAAAUGUACGAGCUCUCCCUGAGGCCAAUAGAAGGGAACGUCAGGCUUCCUGUGAACUCUUUCCAGACGCCAACGUUUCAGCCUCACGGCUGUCUCUGCCUUUACAAUUCCAAGGAGUCUCUGUGCUAUGUGGUGGAGAGUAUAGAGAAGAGUCGGGAGUCCACGCUCGGCCGGCGAGAUAAUCAUUUAGUCCAUCUCCCCCUGACGCUGAUUUUGGUUAACAAGAGAGGAGACACCAGCGGAGAGACACUGCAUAGCUUAAUACAGCAAGGUCAGCAGAUUGCCAGCAAGCUGCAGUGUGUGUUUCUCGACCCUGCUUCCGCUGGCAUCGGUUACGGACGCAACAUUAACGAAAAGCAAAUCAGUCAAGUUUUGAAAGGACUCCUGGACUCGAAGCGCAACUUGAACCUGGUCAGUUCUACUGCCAGCAUCAAAGACCUGGCUGACGUCGACCUGCGCAUCGUCAUGUGUCUGAUGUGUGGAGACCCUUUCAGUGCCGACGACAUACUCUUUCCUGUCCUCCAGUCCCAAACCUGCAAGUCUUCCCACUGUGGCAGCAGCAACUCUGUGUUACUUGAACUACCAAUCGGGCUGCACAAGAAGCGCAUCGAGCUGUCUGUCCUUUCGUACCACUCCUCAUUCAGCAUCCGCAAAAGCCGCUUGGUCCAUGGGUACAUUGUUUUUUACUCUGCCAAACGUAAGGCCUCCUUGGCUAUGUUACGUGCCUUUCUUUGUGAAGUGCAGGAUAUUAUCCCCAUUCAGCUGGUGGCACUCACGGACGGCGCCGUAGAUGUCCUGGACAAUGACUUAAGUCGGGAGCAGCUGACUGAGGGGGAGGAGAUUGCUCAAGAAAUUGAUGGAAGGUUCACAAGCAUCCCCUGUAGCCAACCCCAGCAUAAACUCGAGAUCUUCCACCCGUUUUUCAAAGACGUGGUGGAUAAAAAGAACAUCAUCGAGGCCACUCACAUGUACGACAAUGUUGCUGAGGCCUGCAGCACCACGGAAGAGGUGUUCAACUCCCCCCGGGCAGGCUCCCCGCUCUGCAACUCAAACCUGCAGGAUUCGGAAGAGGAUAUUGAGGCCCCGUCUUACGGCCUGUUUCGAGAAGACACAUCACUGCCCUCUCUGUCCAAAGACCAUUCUAAGCUCUCUAUGGAGCUGGAGGGAAAUGAUGGGCUGUCGUACAUCAUGAGCAAUUUUGAGAGUAAAUUGAACAACAAAGUACCUCCGCCAGUCAAACCAAAGCCGCCCGUUCAUUUUGACAUCACAAAGGGGGAUCUGUCUUACUUAGACCAAGGCCAUAGGGAUGGACAGAGGAAGUCUGUGUCUUCUAGCACCUGGCUACCUCCAGAUGGGUUCGAUCCUUCAGAUUACGCCGAACCCAUUGACGCCGUGGUCAAGCCCAGGAAUGAAGAAGAAAACAUAUACUCGGUGCCCCAUGACAGUACCCAGGGCAAAAUCAUCACCAUCCGGAAUAUCAACAAAGCCCAGUCCAAUGGCAGCGGGAAUGGUUCUGACAGUGAAAUGGACACCAGCUCUCUGGAGCGAGGCCGGAAAGUAUCCAUCGUGAGUAAGCCAGUGCUGUACAGGACGAAAUGCAGCCGGCUGGGGAGGUUUGCUAGUUACCGAACCAGCUUCAGCGUGGGGAGCGACGAUGAGCUUGGGCCCAUCCGGAAGAAAGAGGAGGAUCAGGCAUCCCAGGGUUACAAGGGGGACAAUGCCGUCAUUCCAUAUGAGACAGACGAAGAUCCGAGAAGGAGGAAUAUUCUUCGAAGUUUGAGAAGGAACACUAAGAAACCAAAGCCCAAACCCCGGCCAUCCAUCACAAAGGCAACCUGGGAGAGUAACUACUUUGGGGUGCCCUUAACAACCGUCGUGACUCCAGAGAAGCCGAUCCCUAUUUUUAUUGAGAGAUGUAUUGAGUACAUUGAAGCCACAGGACUGAGCACUGAAGGCAUCUACCGGGUCAGCGGGAACAAGUCAGAGAUGGAGAGUCUGCAGAGACAGUUUGAUCAAGACCACAACCUUGACUUGGCAGAGAAAGACUUCACAGUGAACACUGUGGCUGGCGCCAUGAAGAGCUUUUUCUCAGAGCUGCCAGACCCCUUGGUCCCGUACAACAUGCAGAUUGACCUGGUGGAGGCGCACAAAAUCAAUGACCGGGAACAGAAGUUACAUGCCCUUAAGGAGGUACUCAAGAAAUUUCCAAAGGAGAACCACGAAGUCUUCAAAUACGUCAUCUCCCACCUGAACAAAGUCAGCCACAACAACAAGGUGAAUCUCAUGACCAGUGAGAACCUCUCCAUCUGCUUCUGGCCCACCUUGAUGCGCCCCGAUUUCAGCACCAUGGACGCCCUCACGGCCACUCGCACCUACCAGACAAUCAUUGAACUCUUCAUCCAGCAGUGCCCCUUCUUCUUCUACAAUCGGCCCAUCAGUGAGCCUCCCGGUGCCACGCCCAGCUCCCCCUCUACCGUGGCCUCCUCUGUCCCCUUCCUCACCUCCACACCCAUCACCAGUCAGCCGUCACCACCCCAGUCACCUCCACCCACCCCCCAGUCCCCAAUGCAGCCACUGCUCCCCUCCCAGCUUCAAGCUGAGCACACGCUGUGAGCUGCCACAGCCUGGGCAAAGGAGACUCUUCAGAGGGUGGCAUUUGGCCUUGAACAAAACCACGUCCAAUGGGGCAGGUGUGGAGAGGGUUUCUGCUCCCCUGCGACCUUCUCAUGACCUCAGCGGUAGCACCAGCCAGCAAUCAACCAUUGGCUGGGGGUCAGGCGCCCCGAACCCUACACUGCAGGCCUG